CAUUUAACUCAAGCCAUUUUAUACUCAAAUCAUUCCUUACAUAAUAUGGAAUUUUCGCAGUCCUCCAUUAAAGCUUCAGUUCAAAAGUUUAUGGAAGAGAUGUUCUUGGCCCUGGAAAAUCCCUGUUCCCUCAUCGCCACCUCCGCUUAUGACACUGCAUGGCUAGCCAUGGUUCCUGCAGAUAAUCGCAACCCUUCGCAACCCAUGUUCAAGAUUUGCUUGGAUUGGGUGCUCAACAACCAGAAAGAAGAUGGAUUUUGGGGAGAGUGUGACGCCCUUGGCAUGCCCACUAUUGAGUGCCUUCCGGCAACCAUUGCUUGCAUGGUUGCGCUCAAAAGAUGGAAUGCUGGGGAACUAUUGAUUGAGAGAGGUAUGGCAUUCAUUGGGGCUGAUGCAGAGAAGCUUGUUACGAGAGAAAUAUAUCAGUCGUGUCCGCGGUGGUUUGCCAUAAUUUUCCCAGCAAUGAUUGAGCUUGCGCAUGCAAAUGGCCUGGAGAUUAUCUUCCCCGACAGAUUACAGCGAGCAGUGAUGGAUAUAUUCUAUAGAAGGCAGGAAAUUCUUGAUAGGGAGAAACUCGUAGACAAGUGCACUCACCCUCCAUUAUUAGCUUAUCUCGAAGCCUUGCCUCUGCACAAUAUUGAUCAAGAAGAUGUUGUUAAGCACUUGUGUAAUGAUGGUUCGCUAUUCGAGUCCCCUUCUGCUACUGCACGUGCCUUCAUGGCUACUGGAAACAAAGACUGUUUAAGUUACCUUCAAUCUCUCGUUCAAAAAUGUCCUUGUGGAGUUCCACCAACAUAUCCCAUGGAUGAAGAGCUAAUAAAGCUUUGCUUGGUCAACCAUUUACAAAGGCUGGGUUUGGCUCAAUAUUUCAAGCAAGAGAUUGGAGAAGUAUUGCAACAUGUUUACUGGAAUUACAUGAACCAAGAAUCCAAUGCAGAAUCAGACAAUUCAGUUGUUCUUGCAUCAAAGCUAUACAAAGAUUCUUUGGCAUUUCGGCUCCUUCGGAUGCAUGGAUAUAAUGUAUCACCAUGGAUGUUUUGUUGGUUUUUAGAUGAAGGAAUUCAAGAUCAUAUCCAAAACUAUCAGGAAUUCUUCUCAAGUGUAAUGCUUAACGUUCACAGGGCCACCGAUCUUAUGUUUCCUGGGGAAUAUGAAGUUGAGGAGGCUAAAUCUUUUUCAAGGAAUUUACUCGAGAAAAGCAUACCAAUGCAAACCAGAGACCAAAAGGAUUUUCCAUUCCCAAAUUUUCAUAAAAUGAUCAAGCAUGAGUUAAGGUUUCCAUGGCUGGCUCGACUAGAACACCUAGAACACAGGAUGUGGAUUGAAGAAAAGAAUAUCACUGCUCUAUGGAUGGGAAAAGCCUCGUUCGUUAGGUUUUCAAGCUUUCAUAAUGACAAGCUAAUGCAACUUGCCACAAGAAACUACGAGUUUCGACAGUCAAUUUACAGGAAAGAAUUGGAGGAGCUGAAAAGGUGGUCUAAAAGCUGGGGUCUUACUGAUAUGGGAUUUGCUCGGGAGAAAACUGAAUAUUGUUACUUUGCUGUUGCUGCUAGUACUUCACUGCCUCUGGAUUCUGAUAUACGAAUGAUAAUUGCAAAGAGUGGAAUAAUUAUCACAGUUGCUGAUGAUUUUUACGACACGGAAGGUUCUUUGGAUGAGUUGGAAAACCUCACAGAUGCAAUUAGAAGAUGGGAUGCUAAAGGCUUGAAAGGCCAUAGUAGGUUUAUCUUCGAUGUCCUUGAUGAUCUUGUGAGAGAAAUGGCUGAAAAAUACCUCCAAGAAGAAGGAAGUGAUGAUAUAACAGCCGGUCUUCGAUAUAUAUGGUAUGAAACGUUCAAUGCAUGGUUUACGGAAGCUAAGUGGAGCAGAAGUGGAUUCAUACCAUCAGCAGAGGAUUACCUUGAAACGGGCAUGACAUCUAUUGCUACGCACACCCUUGUUCUUCCAGCUUCAUGUUUGUUGAACAAAAGUUUACCAAAGUACCUACUCAAGCCACCCCAUGAAGCCAUUACCAGACUGAUUAUGAUCAUCCCUCGUUUGUUGAAUGAUAUACAGAGUUAUGAGAAGGAAGAAAAAGAAGGAAAAACAAACUUUGUUUUGCUCAAUUUGGAAAACAAUCCUGGAAUAGAACUUGAAGAUUCAAUAGCAAUUACUAACAAGAUGCUCGACGAAAAGAAAAGAGAGUUGAUACAGCAUGCUCUAAUGGAUGGCUUUAAUGAUUUACCAAAACAAUGCAGGCAUCUCCACUUGUCAUGUUUGAAAGUAUUUCAAAUGUUCUUUGAUUCUAGCAAUAGAUAUGAUUCCAGCACAGAAAUGCUUCAAGACAUUCAAAAGGCAAUAUAUCUCCCUCUGGAAGUGAUAGAACCAAAGCCCUUAAAACUUCCUGAGACAACAAUUAGGCCCUUGUUGCCUCCAGCUCCUCUGCAUUCUGGAUCAGGAAAGAGAUAUCAAACAAUUGUCAACUAUCACUUUGAUCAUCGUUUCAAGCAUAACAGAACUAGCAUUUCUGCAAAACGUAUAGCUUGGCCUCUUUCGAAGUAUCGAUCCAUGAAUAUGCCUAUGCCAUUAAACUUCAAAUUAUGUUUUACGUAAGUUCACAGGACUCGGUAUACAAAAUAAGUUGGGUCAUUUUUUUUCUUUUGGAAAUAUGACUAGCUUCUUGUAAUAGAGAUAGUCUGCAAGUUGGUGAAAAUUCAGGAUAGGUUUAGUGGUUGGUGUAGUGUAUUGUGUAGAUAUGUUUGCUCAGCCAUGCCUGUGAGCAUGACUGUAUAUAACUAUGCUUUGUAUUUAAAUGAUGAUAUUAAUUUUAAUGAAUAACAAUAGUACUUGCAUAA